AUGGCAGACCUUCAGCAAGCAAUACUCCAGAUGGCGGAACUCCUACAGAAGCUGGCGCAACCAACACCCAGUAACCCGGAGCAAACCCUAGAAGCCUUGGCUACGAACAUCAGUGAGUUUUCUUUCGAUCCGGAAAAUGGAAUUACUUUUGACAAGUGGUACAGCCGGUACGUGGACCUCUUUGAUUCGGAUGCCAAGAAUCUGGAAGAUGCCGCCAAGGUACGAUUGCUGCUAAGGAAGUUGGAUACACCCUCGCACACCCGAUACGUCAACUACAUUCUGCCGAAGCUUCCCAAGCAUGUCAAUUUUGCGGACACCGUCGAAAUCCUCAAGAAAAUUUUUGGAGCUCAAACCUCAACAUUCAACAAGCGUUUCCACUGCCUGCAGCUUGUCAAGUCAGAAGCCGAAGACAUUAUCAGCUACGGAGGCAAGGUGAAUCGUGCAUGUGAGGAUUUCGAUUUCAAAAACAUGAAAAUUGACCAAUUCAAGUGUUUGGUGUUUGUCUGUGGUCUGAAAGGUCAUAGUUACACCGACAUUCGAACCAGGCUACUUUCCCGGAUCGAAGGCGAGACACCAGAAAAUCCCGUUACUCUCCAGAACCUCAUUGACGACUAUCAACGGCUCAUCAAUUUGAAGGCGGACACAUCCAUCAUCGAGCAUCAAUCAAGUUCGAAAUCAUCAGUGCACGCCGUCCAGGAGAAGAAGGGAAAUUCACGUCAACAGCAGUCUUCGAAGCCGGAAGGUAAAGUUCCUCGUACACCUUGCUGGCAAUGCGGCCAAAUGCACUAUGUUCGGGAUUGUCCUUUCUCGGAUCAUCAGUGCAAACAGUGCAAUCGUGUUGGCCACAAGGAAGGCUACUGUGGCUGCCUGUCCAAGCCGAAGUCAGUUCCAGCCAAGGAGAAACAACCAAUGAACGCACUUUCUUGCAAGUAUAUCGCUCAACGCCCACCAAUGACCUGGAAGGUAGAUCUCCGGCGGAAAUCAUGUUCGGCAGACCUAUUCGUACCAUACAAUCCAUGCUCAGACCGAGUGAACGUGGAACCGAAUCCAGGGACAGGAAAAAGCAAAACGACGCCUUCAAUAAGAAGCACGGUGCAGUCCAGAGGAAUUUCCAGCAUGGCGAUUCCGUGUAUGCCAAGGUUCAUUCAACGAAUUCCUGGAGAUGGGAACCAGCAACCGUAAUUGAGAAAAUCGGGAACGUUAACUACAAUGUGUUCCUGAACGAUCAACAACGUUUAAUACGGUCCCACACCAAUCAACUCAAGAGUCGUGUUCCAGACAAGAGUCCAAAGAAGCAACCAUCUGCACUUUCCAUAUUCUUCGAUGGAUUCGGAUUAACGGUCCCGACAGAAGCUCCAGCGGAUGUCGCACCUCAAGUUCAACCUGCAAUUCAACCGCUUGAUGACCCACCUCUCAAUAAUCUGGAAGAUUCUAUCUUGACGGAUGAUAUGUCGGAUGGAGAAGCUGCUGGAACCGAUGAAACCGAGGAUGAACCGACUCCGACUCCGAAUGCAAUUGAUGAACCACAACCAGCCCAACCUGUGACUCCAAUCCUAGAAAGAAGACGACGCAUGAUUCAACUACCAGCCCGGUUCAAGCCCUAUUGGAUGACGAAACCUUAAGGGGGGAAAUGUUGGAUCACAGCAAUCAAUGGAUUUACACGUCAACUGAAUAAUACCCUAAAUACGAAUUUAUCAUCAUAGCAGCCUUUGCUCCACUAUAUAAGCAGAGGAAUCUGCACUGGUUGAUUCAUUCUAAGUUUGGCUUCCAAUAAAGCAACUACUACUUAAGAACUACAAGAAAAGCAUUUUCAUUCCGGAAGUUACCGGACAUAUCAAUUUCCUAUAAAUAUUUGUCCAGAAAUUCCUCCUGAAAUUCCACCUGGAACUUGUCCGGAAGUUUCUCCAGGAAUCCCUCCUAAGGUUCCUCCAGAAAUUUGUUUCAGGGAUUUCUCCAGGGUUCUUUCAAGAAUUUUUGUAGAAAUUUCUCUAAGAAAUUUUGCGGGAAUUCCUUAUGAGGUUUCUUCAGAAAUACUCCAGGAAUUCCUUCAGAAAGUCCUUCAGGAAUUCAUAUAGGAAUUCUUUCAGGAAUUCCUCUGGGAAUUCCUCAGAAAUUACUACCGCAGUGUCUCCAAGGGCUCCUCAAGAAAUUCCACCAAGAUUUACCGUAGGUAUUUCUACAGGAAUUUUUUCAGAAAUUGAUCCAGGAAUCUCUCCAGGAUUUUUUUCGGAAAUUCCUACAGCAUUCCGCCAGGAAUUUCUGCAAGAAGUCCUUUAGAGAUUGCUUCCGAUAUUCUUUCAGGAGAUUCUUCAGGAAAUUCUAUAGGAAUUUUUCCAAGGGAUUCCUCCGGAAAUUCUUUCAGGUUUCCUCUAGGAAUAAAUCCAUGAAUUUCAACUCCAGGGAUUCCUCUAGAAAUCCGUCCAGGAGUUUUCACGGAUUCUUCUAGAAAUUCCACCAAGAAUUCCUCCAAGAAUAUACCAAAAAUUCCUGCAGGGAUUCCUCUAAGGAUUCUUCCGUGAGAUUCCUCCAAGAAUUCCUCCUGGAAUUCCUCCGGAAAUUCCUCUGGGAAUUCUUCUAGAAAUUUAUCUUGGGAUUUCAUCAGAUAUUUCUCUAAUGCUCCAGGCAUUAUUCCAGGAACUUCUCCAGGGAUGCCUCCUUCAGAAAUUUAUCCAUUAAUUUUGGAGCCAAGGGCUGAAAGUCUCUUUAAAAAAGACAAAUCAAUCAAUCAAUCCAUUAACUUUUCCAGGGAAUCCGACAGGAAUUUGUCCAAAAAAUUUUCUAGGAUUUCCUCCAGAAAUCCAUCUUGGAAUUGCUGAGAAAAUUUGCUUAUGAUAUCACAAAAAAAUGUGCCUAUGAUGCUUCGUUCUAUGAUUUUUCAAAGUAGGUGGUGUCUUUGGAAAAUGUUUGAUUUUCACUGGAGUUUUCCGGAAAAUUAGGCGACCCUGAUUUUUUUCAAUUUUGUUUUUCAAAUAUAUAUGUUCCCUACCUAAUUUCAUUAACCUUCAGAAACUUCAUACCAAUUUCUGCUAUUCUGCUAUUAUCAACGCAUCCCCUGGCUUUCGCCCAUCUGCGUUGUCUUUUCACUAGGCAAUACGUCUACCAAUUGAUGUUUAUCGGCUUGCCGGACCAAGUCAUGUAGCUAAGCCAAACACCCCAACUACAACUGUUGGGUAGGUACCAUUGUCCCGCCCACUGGUCUUUUACAGCUAGUUGUAGGUGCAUGUGUGCGUGUAAGUAUUGGAGUGUGUGUGUCAGUGUUGGUGUAUUGUAGGCGCCAACUCGUUCUAAUCCACUCUGAUAGCUAACACCCUAUUGAACCAUUACCCUUAAAUUUGGCAAUCUAUGAAAUAGAAUGAGUUAAACGCCUGUAAAAAACAGUCAGUUAAAUCAAACAAGGAAUAUUAGUAUUAAAGCGAAGAUACAACGAAGCAACGCCCCGAACCUCGAGAGCACAAACCCCAAGAACCAAAUGACAGGCAGCGCCGAUAAGUCGAUCGACUGGCCACCAUCAGUGAAUAACCAAUCGAGUAAACCCCCCAGCACAAACUGCCACCAGCUCUCCCGACCUGCGCCCAACAAAUCCGAGGCACAGCCCAGCCUUAGCUUCACCUUAAAACCAAAAUCUAGAUUACAGAGCACAAUACUUCCCAAGUAACCACGCAGCUCGAGCCGCAAAUCACGCACAACACGACACAAAUAAGACAAACACUACCACGCCCGUACAACCGAAACCGACCUAGAGUAGAGAAGGGUCUCUUUCCACUCCAACCCGGACUCAACUGCACCCACAGGGCAGCGCACCUCACCCACACCGCACUCAUUCAUGCAUCACUGUCCGAGCCGCACGGUCACCUGGGUUGAGUCUAUCUGCAUGACCUCGCGCAACCCGUAACGCAGAGUUUAAAUCCCUCUCUUGCAUUACAAAGUACUCCCUCUUCCCAAAAAUCUGUGCGUGGUAUAAAUGGGAUCUUAAGGCUGAAGAAAUCGUCACCAAUACAACCGCCAACACUGAGCACUCAAUGAUGUCGGCCUUAUCAACGACGACCCCCUCAGUCCCAAACCCAAUUAUCCCACACUACCCAAGUAACCACCCUGCUGAAGCCGUAAGCAUCGCACGCACAAAGCACACACACACCGACACGCACCACCCCACACAAACCACCAAGGCCGAACAAAAGCGGAAAGCGGUGCCACCACUGCUGAAUCACGACUUUUUCAGUAUAAUUCAGCAAUCGUAGAUCCAUUCCUCGACCCUACUCAGCCCUAACGGUCCAUAGCAAUGCCUGUCAAUAUAUGCGCCUCACACAUGCAACCCCUACACCCUAACAGUAUGGUCACUUGGGUAUCCCUGGGUUUUGACAUGAUGGUCAGGGAUCACAGCCAUCAAAACGUUCCACACUUUAUCAGGGCUUACGACCUGUAGACAUGAUGAUUUCUCAAUAGUUUCAAGCUCUUUCGGACCUUCCGCUAUUGGAGACCAUCAUGGCUAGCGGUGUUAUUAACCUUCAGAAACUUCAUACCAAUUUGUACGAUAAUAAAAAAAAAUCCCCUAAUGCUCCAGACAUUAGUCCAGGAGCUUUUCCAGAGAUUCCGCAUGGAAUUUUUCCAGAAGGUUCUCCCGGAUAUCCUCCAGAAAUACAUCUAGGAACUCCUUCUGUGAUUUCUUGAAGAAUUCCUCUAAGGAUUCCUCCAGGAGUGCAUCCAGAAAUUCCUCCAAGGAUUCAUCUAAAAAAAUUUCUAGUAAUUUCUACAGGGAUUUCUAAUGCGGAUUCUUCAGAUUUUUUUUUCCUGAAAUUCCUAGCAUAUUUGCUUUUCGGAUUCCUCCAGGUAUACUUUCACAAAUUACUCCAGGGAUUCCUGCAGGUAUUGCUCCGAGAAUUCUUAUAAUGAUUUCUUCCGAAAUUUCUCUCGAAAUUUUUGGAGCUCAAACCUCAACAUUCAACAAGCGUUUCCACUGCCUGCAGCUUGUCAAGUCAGAAGCCGAAGACAUUAUCAGCUACGGAGGCAAGGUGAAUCGUGCAUGUGAGGAUUUCGAUUUCAAAAACAUGAAAAUUGACCAAUUCAAGUGUUUGGUGUUUGUCUGUGGUCUGAAAGGUCAUAGUUACACCGACAUUCGAACCAGGCUACUUUCCCGGAUCGAAGGCGAGACACCAGAAAAUCCCGUUACUCUCCAGAACCUCAUUGACGACUAUCAACGGCUCAUCAAUUUGAAGGCGGACACAUCCAUCAUCGAGCAUCAAUCAAGUUCGAAAUCAUCAGUGCACGCCGUCCAGGAGAAGAAGGGAAAUUCACGUCAACAGCAGUCUUCGAAGCCGGAAGGUAAAGUUCCUCGUACACCUUGCUGGCAAUGCGGCCAAAUGCACUAUGUUCGGGAUUGUCCUUUCUCGGAUCAUCAGUGCAAACAGUGCAAUCGUGUUGGCCACAAGGAAGGCUACUGUGGCUGCCUGUCCAAGCCGAAGUCAGUUCCAGCCAAGGAGAAACAACCAAUGAACGCACUUUCUUGCAAGUAUAUCGCUCAACGCCCACCAAUGACCUGGAAGGUAGAUCUCCGGCGGAAAUCAUGUUCGGCAGACCUAUUCGUACCAUACAAUCCAUGCUCAGACCGAGUGAACGUGGAACCGAAUCCAGGGACAGGAAAAAGCAAAACGACGCCUUCAAUAAGAAGCACGGUGCAGUCCAGAGGAAUUUCCAGCAUGGCGAUUCCGUGUAUGCCAAGGUUCAUUCAACGAAUUCCUGGAGAUGGGAACCAGCAACCGUAAUUGAGAAAAUCGGGAACGUUAACUACAAUGUGUUCCUGAACGAUCAACAACGUUUAAUACGGUCCCACACCAAUCAACUCAAGAGUCGUGUUCCAGACAAGAGUCCAAAGAAGCAACCAUCUGCACUUUCCAUAUUCUUCGAUGGAUUCGGAUUAACGGUCCCGACAGAAGCUCCAGCGGAUGUCGCACCUCAAGUUCAACCUGCAAUUCAACCGCUUGAUGACCCACCUCUCAAUAAUCUGGAAGAUUCUAUCUUGACGGAUGAUAUGUCGGAUGGAGAAGCUGCUGGAACCGAUGAAACCGAGGAUGAACCGACUCCGACUCCGAAUGCAAUUGAUGAACCACAACCAGCCCAACCUGUGACUCCAAUCCUAGAAAGAAGACGACGCAUGAUUCAACUACCAGCCCGGUUCAAGCCCUAUUGGAUGACGAAACCUUAAGGGGGGAAAUGUUGGAUCACAGCAAUCAAUGGAUUUACACGUCAACUGAAUAAUACCCUAAAUACGAAUUUAUCAUCAUAGCAGCCUUUGCUCCACUAUAUAAGCAGAGGAAUCUGCACUGGUUGAUUCAUUCUAAGUUUGGCUUCCAAUAAAGCAACUACUACUUAAGAACUACAAGAAAAGCAUUUUCAUUCCGGAAGUUACCGGACAUAUCAAUUUCCUAUAAAUAUUUGUCCAGAAAUUCCUCCUGAAAUUCCACCUGGAACUUGUCCGGAAGUUUCUCCAGGAAUCCCUCCUAAGGUUCCUCCAGAAAUUUGUUUCAGGGAUUUCUCCAGGGUUCUUUCAAGAAUUUUUGUAGAAAUUUCUCUAAGAAAUUUUGCGGGAAUUCCUUAUGAGGUUUCUUCAGAAAUACUCCAGGAAUUCCUUCAGAAAGUCCUUCAGGAAUUCAUAUAGGAAUUCUUUCAGGAAUUCCUCUGGGAAUUCCUCAGAAAUUACUACCGCAGUGUCUCCAAGGGCUCCUCAAGAAAUUCCACCAAGAUUUACCGUAGGUAUUUCUACAGGAAUUUUUUCAGAAAUUGAUCCAGGAAUCUCUCCAGGAUUUUUUUCGGAAAUUCCUACAGCAUUCCGCCAGGAAUUUCUGCAAGAAGUCCUUUAGAGAUUGCUUCCGAUAUUCUUUCAGGAGAUUCUUCAGGAAAUUCUAUAGGAAUUUUUCCAAGGGAUUCCUCCGGAAAUUCUUUCAGGUUUCCUCUAGGAAUAAAUCCAUGAAUUUCAACUCCAGGGAUUCCUCUAGAAAUCCGUCCAGGAGUUUUCACGGAUUCUUCUAGAAAUUCCACCAAGAAUUCCUCCAAGAAUAUACCAAAAAUUCCUGCAGGGAUUCCUCUAAGGAUUCUUCCGUGAGAUUCCUCCAAGAAUUCCUCCUGGAAUUCCUCCGGAAAUUCCUCUGGGAAUUCUUCUAGAAAUUUAUCUUGGGAUUUCAUCAGAUAUUUCUCUAAUGCUCCAGGCAUUAUUCCAGGAACUUCUCCAGGGAUGCCUCCUUCAGAAAUUUAUCCAUUAAUUUUGGAGCCAAGGGCUGAAAGUCUCUUUAAAAAAGACAAAUCAAUCAAUCAAUCCAUUAACUUUUCCAGGGAAUCCGACAGGAAUUUGUCCAAAAAAUUUUCUAGGAUUUCCUCCAGAAAUCCAUCUUGGAAUUGCUGAGAAAAUUUGCUUAUGAUAUCACAAAAAAAUGUGCCUAUGAUGCUUCGUUCUAUGAUUUUUCAAAGUAGGUGGUGUCUUUGGAAAAUGUUUGAUUUUCACUGGAGUUUUCCGGAAAAUUAGGCGACCCUGAUUUUUUUCAAUUUUGUUUUUCAAAUAUAUAUGUUCCCUACCUAAUUUCAUUAACCUUCAGAAACUUCAUACCAAUUUCUGCUAUUCUGCUAUUAUCAACGCAUCCCCUGGCUUUCGCCCAUCUGCGUUGUCUUUUCACUAGGCAAUACGUCUACCAAUUGAUGUUUAUCGGCUUGCCGGACCAAGUCAUGUAGCUAAGCCAAACACCCCAACUACAACUGUUGGGUAGGUACCAUUGUCCCGCCCACUGGUCUUUUACAGCUAGUUGUAGGUGCAUGUGUGCGUGUAAGUAUUGGAGUGUGUGUGUCAGUGUUGGUGUAUUGUAGGCGCCAACUCGUUCUAAUCCACUCUGAUAGCUAACACCCUAUUGAACCAUUACCCUUAAAUUUGGCAAUCUAUGAAAUAGAAUGAGUUAAACGCCUGUAAAAAACAGUCAGUUAAAUCAAACAAGGAAUAUUAGUAUUAAAGCGAAGAUACAACGAAGCAACGCCCCGAACCUCGAGAGCACAAACCCCAAGAACCAAAUGACAGGCAGCGCCGAUAAGUCGAUCGACUGGCCACCAUCAGUGAAUAACCAAUCGAGUAAACCCCCCAGCACAAACUGCCACCAGCUCUCCCGACCUGCGCCCAACAAAUCCGAGGCACAGCCCAGCCUUAGCUUCACCUUAAAACCAAAAUCUAGAUUACAGAGCACAAUACUUCCCAAGUAACCACGCAGCUCGAGCCGCAAAUCACGCACAACACGACACAAAUAAGACAAACACUACCACGCCCGUACAACCGAAACCGACCUAGAGUAGAGAAGGGUCUCUUUCCACUCCAACCCGGACUCAACUGCACCCACAGGGCAGCGCACCUCACCCACACCGCACUCAUUCAUGCAUCACUGUCCGAGCCGCACGGUCACCUGGGUUGAGUCUAUCUGCAUGACCUCGCGCAACCCGUAACGCAGAGUUUAAAUCCCUCUCUUGCAUUACAAAGUACUCCCUCUUCCCAAAAAUCUGUGCGUGGUAUAAAUGGGAUCUUAAGGCUGAAGAAAUCGUCACCAAUACAACCGCCAACACUGAGCACUCAAUGAUGUCGGCCUUAUCAACGACGACCCCCUCAGUCCCAAACCCAAUUAUCCCACACUACCCAAGUAACCACCCUGCUGAAGCCGUAAGCAUCGCACGCACAAAGCACACACACACCGACACGCACCACCCCACACAAACCACCAAGGCCGAACAAAAGCGGAAAGCGGUGCCACCACUGCUGAAUCACGACUUUUUCAGUAUAAUUCAGCAAUCGUAGAUCCAUUCCUCGACCCUACUCAGCCCUAACGGUCCAUAGCAAUGCCUGUCAAUAUAUGCGCCUCACACAUGCAACCCCUACACCCUAACAGUAUGGUCACUUGGGUAUCCCUGGGUUUUGACAUGAUGGUCAGGGAUCACAGCCAUCAAAACGUUCCACACUUUAUCAGGGCUUACGACCUGUAGACAUGAUGAUUUCUCAAUAGUUUCAAGCUCUUUCGGACCUUCCGCUAUUGGAGACCAUCAUGGCUAGCGGUGUUAUUAACCUUCAGAAACUUCAUACCAAUUUGUACGAUAAUAAAAAAAAAUCCCCUAAUGCUCCAGACAUUAGUCCAGGAGCUUUUCCAGAGAUUCCGCAUGGAAUUUUUCCAGAAGGUUCUCCCGGAUAUCCUCCAGAAAUACAUCUAGGAACUCCUUCUGUGAUUUCUUGAAGAAUUCCUCUAAGGAUUCCUCCAGGAGUGCAUCCAGAAAUUCCUCCAAGGAUUCAUCUAAAAAAAUUUCUAGUAAUUUCUACAGGGAUUUCUAAUGCGGAUUCUUCAGAUUUUUUUUUCCUGAAAUUCCUAGCAUAUUUGCUUUUCGGAUUCCUCCAGGUAUACUUUCACAAAUUACUCCAGGGAUUCCUGCAGGUAUUGCUCCGAGAAUUCUUAUAAUGAUUUCUUCCGAAAUUUCUCUCGGUAUUUUUUUUAAAAUUUAUUCAGCGGUUAGUUAAAAAAUUACAGUAUUCCGUUCAUAAUGUUUUUCAGGGAUUCACCCCAGGUUUUUUUUUUAGGAUUACUUGUAGAUUUUUUGAAUAAUUUGAAGGAUUUCUAGAGGAAUUACUCCAGCGAUUUGUAUUGAAAUUCUUUUAGAUAAUUUUAGAGGGGCAUAGAAGCCAAGAAAUUCUCCAGGAAAUCAUCCAGGAAUUCUUUCACAAUUAUCUCAUGAAUACCAAGUCUUUUACAAGUCCAAUCAUAAAUACUUUCAAACUCACGAUUACAUCUUGCAGCAUCAGCUAUUAAAUAUAUUAAAACUUCCUCAAUGACCAUUUGAAUUUGUGCGAUGUUUGAUAGACGCAAAAAUACACCUGGCCCACGAAAUAAUAGAAAUUAAUAGUGACCGACUAGAAAUCACCUCCAGCAUGGAUUUAAUGAAUGCACUCGCGUUACGCUUCAGCUACGUACAUCUAUUCUCACUAGGAAUUCACAAACUUUUGCUCCAUUGCAAAUUCAACCGGAGUUUUUUCCCACAUGAUACUUGAUUUCCAUAAGGAAUUACUUAACCAUAUUUUGCAGUAAUGCUGCUAGAAAAUUCAAAGAUUCUUGAAGAUAGCCAUCCAGGAAUUCCUGGAAAUUAUCAUUUAGAUUUCAUUUCUCAGCGAUUUAAAAAAGAAGAUGUACAAAGUAUUGUUUUUUAUAUAAUUCUGAUUAUAUAAUAUUUCCAAACAAAACUAACUAAUUACAUAGACCAUUUUGGACAAUGAUCUUGUAAAGAGUGACAAGUUGAGAAUUGUCUCCAAUAACUUUCAAUUAAAACACAUAUUAUGCCAAAUAAAUUUCUAUUACUGUACGUGCAGUUGAAACCCGGAAUUUGUGCUAUAUGCUGUGUGCUAUACAGCGCACCACUUCCGAAGUUAGGUCCGUCGCACGGAUUUGGACAAAAAUCCAACUUCGCUAGUCGAAAACUCCGAUUUUCAACUAAAUUGAGAAUAUAGAUCUAUGUUUGUCACCAUGACAGUGAUUUUCAGAUUUUUUCUAAUUUCCAUAUAUAAAGUCAUGAAAAAUUUCUGGGGGGGCCUGGCGGAUUCUGGGGGGGGCCUGGCCCCCCUGGCCCCCCCUCUAGUUACGCCAAUGUCAAUAGAGUGCCAUCAAGAAGGCCUUCAUCGCCACCGGCGAGAAUAAUUUGGUUGAGCUAAGCACCCAGAGAAAGCAGUGGAUCACAGAUGAUACCUGGAGGAAGAUAAAGGCCAAAGCUGCGAUAGAGCGUGCGACGACACGAGGAGCCAAAGCCGUAGCCCGUCAGCGUUAUUCGGCUCUCGAGAAGGAAGUGAAACGCUCAUGUAGACGGGACAAAAGAGCGUGGGCGGACUCCCUAGCCGACGAAGACGAGAAAGCCGCAAACACCGGCCGGCGUCAUCCGUCUCCUCUACGAUGUUUCACGUCGCCUUAGUGGGACUAAGAUGAAUGCUACGAUGCCCGCGAAAGUCACGUCUGGACAGUUACUGACCGACCCGGCUGACCAGUUGAAACGCUGGUUCGAGCACUUUGGAAACCUUUUUCAAGUGUCGGUCACGCCGUCAACACCUUAGCAUGAUCCGCCAAGGGUUCGACGUAUUACCCGUGUCAACACCGAAGCUCUAUCAGUGCAGGAGAUAGAAACAGCCAUCCGUAGCAUGCAAUCGAACAGGGCCCCAGGGGUCGAUCGCAUGUCAGCUGAGAUGCUCAAAGCUGACCCCGUAGUAUCCGCACAACUAUUGCAUCAAUUAUUCUGCAACAUAUGGGAAACCGCGACAUUUCCGGCCGACUGGAUGCAAGGCAUCUUAGUAAAGGUACCCAAAAAGGGUGACCUGACUGUAUGCGAUAAUUGGCGGGGCAUCAUGUUACUGUAUAUCGUUCUCAAAGUCCUCUGCAAAGUGAUCCUUAACCGAAUACAGGAGAAGAUUGACGCAACUCUCCGACGGCAGCAGGCAGGCUUCCGUGCCGGACGAUCUUAUGUGGACCAUAUUUUCACACUUCGUAUCAUCCUGGAGUAAAUCAAUGAAUUCCUAGAGUCUCUCUACCUGGUGUUCAUUGAUUACGAAAAAGCUUUUUAUUUAUUACAUCAUCUUCGAUUAUCUCGCACAGACUGAAUUUCUUAUACUAAAAUUAAUCUAGUUCUCUUAUCCUACUAUUAAAAACACAUUUUGAUACAUUAAAAUCAAAUAGCUCAGCAACAUCAUUGAAGGAGCAAAGACACAUAAAAAAUGGAUUGUUAUUUCCUUAGUUGGCGCGGUGAAACGGAAUGACCAGGAAGGGUGAAUGACGGAAUCGUCUGGGAGAAACGUGAAUCGGAAUCUGUUCAAGUAGUUCCGAACAGUCGAUAUUCCCUGUGAGCAGAUCGUAAAUGAGCAUCCUCUGUUGAUUCGUGCGCCUAAUGGAUAGCGAUUCCAACUUGAUUAGUUGACAACGAUCCGUCUCAAUCACGGAAACAUGUGGGAAGCCCUCAGGCGCAAGGGUCUCCCUGAGAAAAUCAUCGGCCUCCUUGUCGACCUCAUUGAAGCACAGUACAGGGCAUUUUCGUGCAGAGUACUGCACAACGGUGACAACGGUGUUUUGUCAAGGCGAUUGCUGGCAAUCGCCCAGGAUGGAAAUCUUUCGUGCCUGCCACACGAUAUACACAUGCAAAAUGGUCAUUGGCAGAGGAAGCUCUCAGUUAAAAACUGUGGAAGUGCUCAUAGAACACUAAGCUGAGAAGCAGGCUUUGUCCCAAUGAGGACGUUACUCCAAGAAGAGGAGAGGAGGAAAUCUUUCAAUUCGGCCCUCUGCACCACCGUGGGUGCCCAGGACUGAAAGUAGUAAAGUAUUGUAGCUGAUAUUGUCGGCUGCGUCCUUUUCGGGUUACCAGCAAACAUAAAGAGUGGAAAUAAACAACACAAACACUUUCCUGAAUUGUAUAUAACAAACUGACGAAUACUACUCUAGACCGCGACAAACUCUCACAAACCUGCUGAGGGGGUACUACGAAUCGACUUCAACUUGAACAUCUAUUUCGUUUGUCGGACUUUCCUUCCGUAAGCAGAUCGCGUAGUCUGCAGAUUGCCGCCGGUUACAUUUUCAUUUCAGAUACAGACGGGACGGAUCAACGCCUCAAGCUGCUGAUCUAGCCAAUAAUGGCAGCUUUCGAAGUGGACCCAAAGGCCUUUUUCGACGCCCAGGUCCCAGGGCGUAUUGGAUGGGGGAACUUUCGUUGUGGUGAACCUAAGAUAAAUAUUCAAUUUACCUGAACAUUGGAUCGGGUCGGGUUGACUGAAAUGGCGCAUAACGGGUUGGUCACUCGGGCUCGCCGCCCGAGGUAGAAGGGUUCCAUCGGUAGCUCAGGUUGGCGGUGACCCUAUGGACCCUAAGGGACCCCUUGAAUGGUGGGCUCAGGGCGUUCUGAAGUGCACAGCGCUUGGCCCUGAAAUUUCUUAUGGCGGGACGGCUGGUUCACCAGUAGUGUGGAUGCUUACCGCGCCGCAAAACAUACGGCGGUGACAUGGAGCUUUCAGGGGCAUUGAGCCUCACGGCUCAGCCUGGGGCCACGAAACAAGGCUUGUGCUGGCGCUUCAAAGCAUAAUAACGCAUCCACCGGCAGCUCAGCGGAUUUCGGUGGCGAAACGGACCUUUUGGUGACGGAGCAGGAACUCGACUAGUCAUAAGGCAGACCUUCUGGCGAUACAGUAGGUAUUCCUGCAUUAUCCCGAGGACGAAUAGGUCAUCUGAGCGGCGUAGCGGCCUUACCGGGGUUGAAGCAGUUCUUACGGCGGCAAAGCCUUUCAUUUUAUGUUAUUGACCUUUUCAUGGAGUCACCGGCUUACAGGUGACCAAGCAAUCCCUCUAGCUGUAAGGCACGCCGAAAAGAUUUUGGCUAGCGCUUGAACAUUUUCAAGAACAAUCGUUGGUGAACAAAGGCUCCAACGGAAGUCGUUUUCUCCAAGGGACCACACAGACCACUCUGGACAGGUUCCAACACAACUAAUGCUCUGACUGCUAAUGUCCUGCUUCUGCAGUGACCUUACCCUUCUCGUUGGCAAUAUAAGGCGUGAUGUCCCGGCUGAUUACACCGGAAACACUUCAUGUUGCUCUUUUUCGGUUUCGAUGGCAUUUACUACUCAAGUAAUCAUUAGUUCUGAGUUCAUCAAUCUUAGUUGGUCAUAGAACGCUCGUCAAGACUCUAGCUUCCAAUAAAGUCGUCAGGACACUUCACGUCCUGCAGAAUACUCACAUAUGUCAUACCCGUUCGCAUAUGGUUCCCAGAAACCUCCAAGCCUAUGAUCAUUGAGCUCGUACCUACUGCUUCGUCAACCCCAUCAGCAGCAUGCUCGACAUCUACCGACCGUUUAUCUUGAAGCCAACCUGUUUAUGCCUACUGAAUAUCAGCUCUACACACACCUGAGAGAAUAGAAACCUCAGGUAGUGUGGGACUGUGACUUCCUCCGGCACCUACGAAAUAGCAAAGACUACUUACCCGACCUUACCCUCAAACGUACUCAUUGCCGCCAAGCUCAUCUUCUCUCACGGACCACCAGAAGGUAUUGCUUCGGAGAGGGGCUAUUUGGCUAAUGCUAUGCGCACCCUCGAGGUUAGUCUUGCAGCUACGGACUUCGUGACUCGCUUUUGCAGAGGCCACAACGGUAUGGCGCAGGCGUAUUGCCCGCUUCCUAAGUGGCCUCACCACUUCUGAGGACAUGAGAAAGCGGAAAAAGGGUCGUCAUCACGCCUGGAUUAUCGCUGCACUGACAACAUCAAGUGCGCUGACAGUACUUACCUACUACGUGUACCACAAUUUGGCUUCCCUGUGAGUGUGGCCCUAUCUGCCUACACUGCUGCAGGAUCUACCUCUGUCUAUCUUGAACUGAUCCGGGAAUUCUAUUUCAUACAAAGGGCUUGGAUCCAACCUAAGUAGUAGACAACCGCCACGACAACGCUAUACCAGGGAAUCUUCGACGGGCCUCUAUAGCCACAGCUGCAAAGGCGAGGAGGUAUUCAGCAUUAUCGUGUUGAGGGUGACGAGAUCGAUUCCCGGUCGAUCCAGGAACUUUUUUCUAUAGAAAUUUCCUUGACUUCCUUGAGCAUAGAGUAUCUUCGUGGCUCCCACACGAUAUAUACAUGCAAAAAUGAUCAUUGACAGAGGAAGCUGGCAGUUACUUAAUACCGUGGAGGCACCAAACUUUGAGCAGUGUCAAACAUCGCGCAUUUGGGUGAUUACCACUUCUUUAAAGCCAUUUUUUCUAUAUUUAUAUUUUCCCCACAUACCCACAAUCACUAGCUAGUAUUCGUGAAAAAAAUUUUCCAUUAUGCAUCAGCACUAUUGUUUAAUGCUGUUUUGAAAAGUGCGCAAAGUAUGGUGCAUUACGGUAGCUGUGGAGGUUCUCAUAGAACACUAAGCUAAGAAGCAGACUUUGUCCUAGUGAGUAGGUCCAAGACGAAGAAGGAAGAUUCCACGCGGUCAACUGUCCGGUAGAAGGAUUGAGUCCGAUCGCAGGUUACCGGUAUGACCUGCGAAGCCGACUUCCGACUUUGUUUCACUGGAAAUCAUGUUCUACAGCAGAUCAAGAUAGAUGUGUUUUACUGCUCCGGUACUACAAUACUAUUCAAUCGAGACCGGUGAAUCUUGGAGAUUAUUUCAACAGUCGGGCAUUUUUUAAGGAAAGAUAGAUAAGUCAUUUGUGAAGUUUAACGGCACUAACUACGAUAACUGGAGUCUUCGGCUAAAGUUAUUUACUUUUAUUGAAGGAAGGAAUUUGGGCAGCAGUGAAUUUAUCCCAAACCAGAUCCCGCAGCUGCUGCCUGGAAAUUGAAGAAAGAACUAUCUCUAGUGACAAUUGAACUGACCUUGGAUGACACCCAGUUGGUCCACAUUGGUAAGGCUACAUCCGCUGCCGAAGCUUGGAAUACCAUGGCGAUGUUCCAAGCUUCAGCACGGAAAAUCAGCAACAGAACAAUACGAAUCAAUACGAAACAGAACUUGCAAUUGGAAAGUCAGCACGUGGAACUGCGUAGCUCUCAACUUCACGGGGAGCACCCGCAUACUCGGCGGUUCACUGAAGGACCGUGGGUUCUGCGUUGUCGAGAUGUAGAUGUUGAAUAGGAUCCAUGAUAAGAACGUUCAGCGGUUCAGAUCUGCAACAACACACGCAAGCUGGGAACAACUUUUACGUGCUUGUUUAGGAGAGCUACUAAGAAAAACAGAAAAGCUAUGCACGCUAAUAAAAUUCUACCAUUAAAGUGCACAGCGAUAUCGGAGAAGAAGAACGCAGCAUGGGCGGUAAUGCUGCAGCAAAGAAACCGGCAGAACGGGAAGCUCCUGACGGAAGGACGUAAGAUGAUUGAAAGGUAGCACUUUUCAAUUUAAAUGUUAUGUUGAACCAAUAAAUGUAUGUUUUUGUGUAUUCUGUCAUUUUUUUAAUACGAUUUCGAAUAAAAGCUGUAGCGACUAUACGACGAAUCUUUCAUUCCACUGGUCACUGUAAGCAGGCGUCAGUUACGCAAAUUUUUCAUUCAGAUACGGCAACAUAACGAUUCAUUCUUCAAAAAUGUAAGCUUCGAAUUCAGAAAACUAGUACGAUUAGUAAACCUCGAUUAAUUACGUCGGUGCAACUUCUGAGCCGCAUAGGUCUUGUAAUUUUCCUUCCUACUGGCAUGAUCUAAUCUUAAUUAUCUAGGAUGUAGACAUCGGAAACCAAACAUCAUGGGGUCAGUUUAAUCCGGGUGUAGAUUGUCUUUUUGCCGUUACCAGAUGAGAACAGAGAUCAAGAUUGAUGCUUUUUAUAUAUAGUUUAUAUAUGUACAUGUAGAUAGGUUUUGCUGAUUCCAAAAAUGAAAACAGUAGAUACAAAUGAGAUUGGGCCGUCCCUUGACAAAACAUAGAACAACAAACAUAUAAGAACCACCAUUUUUCUUAUUGUAGUAGAUAUCGAGCUUGAAUCAAAAUAAGAGGUUUUAUUUUUCUCUCCUUAAACAGCAGUUUUUCCGAAAAUUACAAAAUGUCUUUAGUUUGGACGCAAACAUAUCAGUAUGUUCCGUUUAUUGUUUCGGUUGUCAAAACACUACUAAUUCCUAAAAACCUACAAUUCUAGCAUGUCUCUGUUAGUAAAUCGGAUUGAAGUGUAAUAACGAAGCAUCUCAAUGAGGCGAUAUAUAGAAACUAGCUAUCUAGAAAUCAAACAAUAAAUCACACUAGCUUUGCCUAACCAUGAACCAAAUAUACAUAACUGUUGUUCGUGCAUUACACAAAUAUCGCUAAUGACGAAUUGACGCUUCACUGUUUUCUUUAAACGCAUACAUGUGAUCGUAGAAGUGUACCUUUUUUGAUGAACCCUUAACCGUCUAAAUGUCCUUCCCCUUAAGUGUUUUGAUUUGUCCUUGUACAAAACAAGAGAACAAAAUAAGCUUACAAAUUGAAAAGCAACAUAACCUUGAAAAAUGAAUGACUUAAAAAUCGGAGAACCGAAAGCAUAUGCUGAGAAUAGAAGGAACGUACUUUUGUAAUUUAAAUUAUUAAUAUCGAACAAAAAAGGCAUAAGUAAGCAUGAAAGAGACGGUAAAAGUCGAAACAGUUGUCCCUCACCUAGGAGAAAUAAAAACAUUACAAAAAUCCCUAACAAAAAUGCACUUUUUAUGCGCCACUCACCCGCCCGCCAUAGGAUCAAUGAAAAACAAAAAAAAAGUAAUACUCUUUAAAAAGUAGUCGAAAGACAUAGUUUAUCAAUUAUUUAACCGAUAACACAGAAAACAGAAAGAAAGAAAAACAACAAAAAACAAACACUAAGCUAAGCAAAACAGCCGUAGUCAGCUGAAGCCGUGCAAAGCAAACCAAAUAUUUACAACUACUCUUGAGAUUUGCUAGGCGGAACAUUAGUAGCCAGAAAAAGUAACGGAGGAGACAUAAGUUCCGCGGUGACCGCGUACGGUCCGGCUUCUUUGGAAACACUUUGCAGAAGAAAAAAAAACAAAAAAGCAUAAAACGCCACGUAUUAAAUGGAGCAAUCGGAGAUUGACACCGGCUGUAGGAGUUGAAAUAUAGUUGCUGAGAAGUAGAAAACCACCAGCUGGUAUAACCGGAGGGGAUCGUGGAAAAUGUGUGUGUAGGGUGAAACAAGAAUAAAUAAAACAAAACAAAAAUACUUGCUGGAAUGGAAAUGACUAUACGGGACAAACAUAGAACAGCUCUGUAAUGUAAUUAUGGCUAAACAAACCUAAACAACACCUACUAUGGGAAAUGUAUAUUUAUUCUAACAAACAAAAACAAAUAUAUAAAAUUUUGUGAUGUAACAUUCUCAA